UUUUUUUUUGUCAUCAAUAACCCUCCUCAUUAACAGCUAGAAGAAACAAAUAUUCGCAUUUACUGUUGAGACUUUCCUACAACAUACCAUAGAAGAAAAGAAAAAAAAAGCUUUAAGAACAGCGUGUUACCAGGACACAAAGACAAACAACACAACUCCCCAGUCAAAAGAAAUCGGAUUCACCAUGUCAUCUCCAACAACCAUUAAAGCUGGAAUUGCGCUUCCGCCCAAGAACCCUCACAAGGUUCCAAUUCCCGGUCAGCGUAACGUGUUGAUUACCUCUGCCCUACCUUAUGUUAACAACGUUCCCCACUUGGGCAACAUUAUCGGCUCCACUCUUAGUGCAGAUGUUUAUGCAAGGUAUCAACGUGUACGUGGUAUCAAUGCACUCUACAUUUGUGGUACAGAUGAGUAUGGUACUGCAACAGAAACCAAGGCGUUGUCCGAUGGCGUAACAUGCCAGGAACUGUGUGACAAAUACCACCCAAUUCAUAAACAGUGUUAUGAAUGGAUGGAAAUUGACUUUGACAAGUUUGGAAGAACUACGACCGAGGAGCAGACAAAGAUUGCACAGGACAUUUUCAUGAGAUUAUACGAGCGUGAUCUCUUAGUCGAGGAUUCUAUGCCUCAACUCUAUUGUAGCCAAUGCGAUAGAUAUCUUGCGGAUCGUUUUGUUGAAGGAACUUGCCCAAGAUGCAAUUACGAUGAUGCCCGUGGUGACCAAUGCGACCAAUGCGGAAAUCUAUUGAACGCAAUAGAUCUUAUCAACCCUCGUUGCAAACUUGAUGGCAACCGUCCUGUCCAGAAGCAUUCGAAACACCUGUUUUUGGAUUUGGGUAAGCUACAAGCCAGGUGCGAAGCUUGGGCCGAGAAAGCAGCUGUUGAGGGUAAAUGGUCUGCGAAUGGUAGGAUCAUUACACAAGCUUGGUUCAAGGAAGGAUUAAGGUUGCGCUGCAUUACUCGUGAUGUGAAAUGGGGUACUCCUGUCCCUCUUGAAGGAUGGGAGGGUAAGGUUUUCUAUGUUUGGUUUGAUGCUCCUAUUGGAUACCCAUCUAUCACGGCCACAUAUACCAAGGAGUGGGAGAAAUGGUGGAAGAACCCCAAGGAUGUCAAGUUGUACCAGUUCAUGGGUAAAGACAACGUCCCCUUCCACACUGUCAUCUUCCCAAGCUCUUUGAUUGGAACUGGCGAGGAAUGGACACUCUUGAAUACUCUUAGUACCACUGAAUACCUCCAGUAUGAGACUGGCAAGUUUUCAAAGUCGCGUGGUGUCGGUAUCUUUGGUAAUAACGUUCAAGAGACUGGAGUUCCUCCUUCAGUCUGGCGUUACUAUCUUCUUUCGAAUCGUCCCGAGACGAACGACUCUCAAUAUCUGUGGAAAGACUUUAUUGCCCGUAACAACAAUGAGUUGUUAGCCAAUGUUGGCAACUUUGUGAAUCGUGUGAUCAAGUUUGUGAAUGCCAAGUAUGAUAAUGUCGUCCCUUCGCUCGAGACCGCAGCUGCUCCUACGGAAUCGGACGAAAAAUUGAUUCGCGAGGUUAAUGAGAAGCUCAAGCUAUACAUCGAGGCUCUGGAUGACGUGAAGAUCCGUGAGGCUCUUCGUCUAGCGAUGGAGAUAUCGGCCCUUGGAAAUGUCUAUUUGCAAGAAAAUAAGAUUGACAAUACUCUUUUUGCAGAACACAAGGACCGCUGCGACCGUGUUGUUAUUACUGCUUUGAACUUGAUUUACUUAUUGUCAGCCAUUCUAUUCCCUUACAUGCCUUCCACCUCUGACUCAAUUGUCCGUCAGCUCAACGCCCCACUCCGCCUGUUACCUGAUGAGUUCAGAAUCGAUGCCAUCUUGGCCGGACAUGUCAUCAACAAGGCCGAGUACCUGUUCAAGCGCAUUGAUGAAAAGAUGGAGGAUAUCUGGAGAAACAAGUACGGCGGCAAUUCGUCCGUGCCCGAGCCUGAUGACAAGAAGAAGAAGAAGAAGGCUGCAGCCAAGGCCGCUGCUCCUGUCUUUCAAGGCGAAAAGCCUGCUGAGGCCAUUGCGCUCGAGAAACAGAUCGAGGAGCAAGGCGCAAAAGUUAGGGAAUUGAAGACUGCCAAAGCUGAUAACGCUGUUGUUCAGAACGAGGUCCAGACUUUAUUGGCUCUUAAGAAAGAUCUCGCAGAUCUUUUUGCCAAGCUCACAGUCUAAGUGGUCGCUAGAAUAAUGGUUAGAAGUAAAGUACAAAAAAGUAUCAGGUUGCAUAUAUAUUUAUAUUUGUAUAUAUUUUAAAUCUGCCAGUUAAACAAACAAUAAAAAAAAAAGAGUUUAGAAC